CUUACCCGCCCCGGGCCAGCGCUGGCGCUCCGGCCUCGGAGGCGGGUGAUGGCCGCCUCACACCGAGAGGCCAGGCUGGCGGCCGCCAGUCUCCAACUCCCGGUAAAUCCCAGCACCGGAGCGCGGGUCGCCCAGUACGAACGCGAAGACCCCUUCACUUCCCUGGCGGCGGCGGCGGCGGCGGCGGCGGCGGCCUCGGAGGACGAAGAAGACUACAAAGUUGUGCGGCCUGAGCGAGUGGCGGUUGAUUUUAACACCAACUUCUCUGGGGUGGAUGGUGGUAUGAGCUAUGAGGACUUUGUCAACUUUUCUGAUGUUUACCACUCCAAUGAAGAGUAUUUCAGGAAACUAGAUGAGCUGAAGGCUGCCCACAUGGAAACUAUGGCAAAAUUAGAGAAACUGUACCACAAUAAAUUAAAUCUAAAGGAUGUUAAGCCAGUGAUCAUCAGGGAAGAUGUUCCCAGUGUCUCUUCGAGCUCUGUCUCGGAAAAGAACUACUAUCACCCUACCUCCUUAAUGACAUCACUUUCGGAGCCUGAUUUAGGCCGUUCUUCUUCAUACACGUCUUCUGAGGAGGAGUUGCCCAACAUAGAAAAAGACUCUCCCAGGAAAACCAGAGUGAUGUCCUAUGCCAAGGAGCUCAUCAACAACAUGUGGACAAACUUUCGGGUUAAAGAUUAUAUUCAAGGUGAAGAUGCUCACUUUCAAGCAGUUGGAAAACCAAGGCGGAGACCAAAAGAAUGGGUGCCCAGGAUCACAGUACCUCAGCCUUUUCAAAUGAUGAUUAGAGAACAGAAGAAAAAAGAGACCAUGAAAUCUAAAUCAGAUAUUGAAGUUGUACAUAAACUGCUCAAAAAACAGGAAGAGGAGAAGGAGUUUAAGAAGUUCCGGGCCAACCCAGUCCCUGAAUAUGUCUUUCUCCCCCUUUAUCGUGACAUCGUCAAGCAGAACGAAGAACGGAGGAGGAGCACGAAGGAGAAAAACAAAGAAGCUCUGUUGGCUUCCCAAAAGCCAUUUAAGUUUAUUGCAAGAGAGGAACAGAAGCAGGCGGCCCGGGAAAAGCAACUGAGAGACUUUUUUAAAUAAAAGAAAACACAUAGAUUUAAAGCCAGACCAGUACCUCGAUCUAUUUACAGUUCAAUUGCUAGUGACAAGUUAAAAGAGGAAGAUCAGCAUAGGAACUUCAGGGCACCAAGAGCCCAGGAGCUUGUACAGAACUCCUCCCCGCUGUCUCGGAAGCCAGCUUACAGACGCUUCAGGAGCCCCAGGCAUCCUGACCACGCUGUGCUGCUGAAGCACAAGGCGAGGAGCCAGCCUCCUGACUACGAAGACUCUCCCGAGAGGUAUCCGAAACUGCCCUCGGAGUACCAGGGCUCGAAACUCCUGACAGACUACGAACCAUUUGAUGUUCAGCCGUCCUCCAGUGCCAUUAAAAGAGAGACGGUCUUGGCAGACAUUAAAGCAGAUGAAGAAAACUUAAAAGAAACACGUUGGCCUUACAUGUCCCCAAGAAGGAAGCCACCAGUGAAGAGUGCAGGUUCAAAGCGCGUGCCUUGUAACUGCAACCCUCCAAUGCCCACAGCCUCUUCCAGAGCCCGAGAGGAAGCCAUCAGGAGAUCACUUGAGGAAAAGAAAAUGUUGGAAGAAGAGAGAAAUCGGAUCCUAACUAAGCAGAAGCAAAGAAUGAAAGAAAUGCAGAAACUCCUGACAACCCGGGCUAAGGCUUAUGACUCACAUCAAAGUUUAGCUCAGAUGUCUAAAUCCAGAGUUAAAUAUCUCAGAAAGAGUGAAAAGGAAAGAAUGAGACAAUAUCGACAAGAACUAGAAGAAAGAGAAGAAAAAUUAAAAAUGAGGCCACUACUCUUUGAAAGAGUUGCUCAGAAAAAUGCAAGGAUGGCAGCAGAAAAGCAUUAUUCUAACACCCUAAAAGCACUAGGAAUAUCUGAUGAGUUUGUUUCAAGGAAAGGCCAAAGUGGAAAAGUACUUGAGUGCUUCGCCAAUGAAGAAUCACAAAGUUUCAGUGAAGAUAAAGAAAGGUUUCAUGAAGAAGAAAAAAUAGAAGAGAGAGAGAAUGGGGAAGAAAGUUAUUUUGUUGAUGCCAACAGUCAGGAUUCUUGCGAGGAAGAAGCUGAAGCCGAAGAAGAAAGUGAAGAGAAACCUGCUGGGGAGUAAACUGAGGAAUCACGCGGGGAGCUCUCUGCAUGCUGUUUGCAGCAUCAGGGCUGUGGCAGCCACACUUGUGACGUUGAGAACAUCCAUGGGGACAGCUCAGAUAAUGUGUGGACUGUUGAGCAAAGACAUCUGUAGCCUAGGAGUGCUGAAUCUGGCUGACUGGUCAUUUGGUCACUUAGAGUAAGGCUUGGCCCAUUCAUUUUUUACAGUUGCUACAUUUGGUCUGUUUGCAACUCUGAUCUUGUAUUUAAAAACAGAGACUCACAGCUGUCACCAACUGAUUAGCUGUCAAAAUACACAUUACUUCGUUAUUGUCAGUGGAAAAACAUGGCUUAGUAUUGAGAGCAGAAAAAUGUGUUGGCCUUUGGUGACCUUUUAAAAAAUUCUGGAGGGCAUGAAUCAAUAAAUAUUUUAAAUUAUAAAUCUUGCCCAUUCUUUUUCUCUACACUGUAUUUCGCAAAAUGAGCUCUCAAGCUUGUGUUGCUGCAUAUUUUAAGUUUUUUACCUGAGCCAUUUUUAAAAAGGAAUAAAAGGGGAAAAUAGACACAUGCACAUUUACAUUCAUUUCUGCACUGUUUACUCCAUACCAUUACAAUUUUCUCUUUUUUAGCUCUAGUUUUUGUUAAAUUAUUUUAAUAUGUAAGUUAUUAAUAGGAAAGUUUUUUGUGCUAGUUUUUAAACCUUGCAUAGUAUUACGGAUGGAAAAAAUGUGGAACCUAUGAGUUAUAAUCUUAACUAGAGGUAAAUAUCCCUCUUAUAAAUGAUGAAUUUGUACAUAAUGACUUGUCUAAGGCAAAUCUCCAAAGUAAUUCAGGUUUAAUACUUUGACGCUAGACCUAGUUGUGCUCAACUUUUUACCUAUUAUUGCAAACACUUUGUCUAUGCAUGAAGUUAAUUUGAUUUUAUGAAUUUACAAGUUUAAAAUUUUUGUAUAUUGUUUAUGUAUUUGAAAAGCAGAGAGACAGAGGUCUCCCAGCUGCUGGAUCACUCCCCAAAUGGCCCCAGCAGCAGGGGCUAGGCAAGAAUGAAACUGGGGGCCGAGAACUCAAUCUGGGUCUCCAGUGUGGGUGGUGGGGACCCAACUCCUGGAACCAUCAGCUGCCUCCUAACCUGUGCUUCAGCAGGAAGCUGAAGUUGAGAGUGCAUUCAGACAUAGCCAUUCGAGUGCGGGUUUUAGUUGUCACAAGUGGAAUCUUAACAGCUGUGCCAAAUGCCUCCCCCGUGAAUCUAAAUUUUUCCUCUUUAAACAAAAAAAAAUUUUUUUAAACCAAAUUAAUUGUAAAGAUGUUACAGGUAAGACAUUUUCUUUUCCAGAAACAACCAAUAUCCUUUAACAAGAAUGAACUAAUAAAAAUAUGUAUAAAAGCAGUGUUUCCCUACAGGCAAUUUAUGCUUUAAAUUGAAAAAUAAGGUAAUUUUCUCAGGGGUUAAUGUUUACUGGUAUUCCUCUCCUACAGUGUAUGUUAAACUACUUAUCAUUAGAUUGUAAACUCCUUUAGAGUUGGCACCAUUUAAAAUUUUGUCUUUGUUUCCCCUUAGUAUUUAGCAAUAUUGUACAUAUGGUAAAUAAUAAAGAUUUGAAUGAGUGGAAAAAUAUGGUUUUUAAUUAUACUUAAAAUUAUUUCAAA